ACGCAAAUAUUGUGAACCUGUGUCUCCGAGUAGAUCCAAUUUUAUCAAAAACCAGAAUUUCCCGCCACUCCAGAAGUUAGCUUCCUCCACACACACAGACUUAACAAAUGGAAAAGAAAGAGAAGAAAGGAAGCAAAGCAGUGAUGGAAGCUGAGAAACGAAGGCUCCUUAGAGAUAGAGAACCACUCUCCGACUCUACCAACCUCACCACCACCGCUGCCAGAGCCACUCGCAAACCCAAUCUCUCAUCAAUCUUCACAAAAUCGCUUCCCGGAACCAACCCUAGCGCGAAUCUCACUGAUGCCAAUGAUUUCAGAAACCCUAGCUCCGCUUCUACGCCGUCGAGGCAGGCCAAAGCUUCGUCCGCUCACGUUACGGGUGAUCGUGAGGUACCCGAGCCGUGUUCAGUUUACAGUCGUAGAGAGACUGCCCAUAAAAAAAAGGGAAAUUUGCUCUUUAGCGACGACCCUGAGUUGUCGCUAAAGGCCCACAUGUCGUCGCUGAUGGUCAUCAGCGACGACUAUGGUCGUCGCUCCCAGUCGUUGCAAGUAAUCCGUCGUUAA